GAAUGUGUUGGCAGAACAAUAUCUCUCUCUGUGCCUCGGCUCUUAAUGCACUUCAUUGGUUUCGUGGACAGUGUGAUCAGAGCAUAGCAGCCGAGCAGAGCUGGACUAAACCACAGGAGGAACAUUGUUCAAAUCAAAUGAGUCAGGCAACAUCACUUGUUCCGUUUUUCGUGGGGUUCAUUCUCACUGCGACAGGUGUGCAAGCCACUUGUCCCAUUGAGCUGAGCCCCCCUGCAGUUGUGGUAAGAUAUGGAGACCCUGUCUCAGUGAACUGCAGCACAUCAGAGACCCAGAUAAAGGGAAUGGGAUGGGAGGCAACACAAGGAGGCAAAAGUCUAGCACCGGUCAACCAUUUGAAUUGGAAUGUGGAGAACCUGACGGACUGGAACAUCUCUCCCAUGUGCUUUUUAAAUAUGGCAGUUGGACAGUGCAGUAGGGAACUAAAAGUUGUUAUUUACAGGUUCCCGGAAAAAAUACUCAUCAGCUCCAGCAGUGGCUCCGAUGGUGUGAUGAGAGAAAACGAGCAAUAUACCCUCACAUGUAAAAUCCAACAGGUGGCACCUAUAGAAAAUCUUACUGUCACAUGGUACAAAGGAGAUAGUCCAAGCACGUUCAAUCCCAUUAAGACACCAGGAGAUCAGCUAUCUGUCUACAGUUUUACACCGACUAGACGUGACAAUGGAGUCAAAUUCAGAUGCGAGGCACACAUGGACCUCAGGCCAGAGGGGCCACAACUGAGUGUGUCAUCACAAGAGAUAAAUAUUACAGUUAACUAUGGACCAGAAGUACAAUGUUCUGCCAUUGUUAAUGUACUGGAAGGGGAAACUUUGGAGAGUCGGUGUCCAGUGGAAGGAAAUCCAACCCCCUCAUUCAGAUGGAUGAAAGAUGGGGAGCCAAUAAACCCCAGCAUCCCUCUGACCAGGAAGAACGCUGGGCUGUACUAUGUUGAGGCCCAAGGUGCUUCCAUCAUCAACAACACAAUCCAGGUUCUGGUAAUGUAUGGACCAGAGCUGUGGUGUCCAGGCUCUUACACUGCACUGGAGAACACUCCUCUCAACCUGAACUGCACGGUUGUGGGCUAUCCUAAACCUGAAACAGUGUGGUACAAAGAUGGUGAAGAGGUGGAACUUUCAGAGUACCUAACGAGAAGCGACACAGGGCUGUACGUGAUCGUAGCUUCAAACAAUCUGACAAGUACCAAUGUGACAGUGGAGAUUAAUGUCAUGUACCCACCCUCACCCAUAGUAGAGCUCGAAGACUCCAAAGUUGAGAUGGGUUCUACUGCGUGGCUGAAAUGCUCCUCUAUGGGAAACCCACGACCAGAAUAUAGGUGGGAUUAUUACAAAGCCGCCAAUGUAAAGGAGGAAAAUGAAGACGGAGUGUCCCGUCUACUCAUCUACAAUGCCACUCCGUACAACAUGGGCUCCUACAAGUGUAACGCCUUUAAUGGGAUAGGAAAUGUCUCUAAAACAGCCAGUGUCGAUGUGACAGAUGCCACACAAGAAUGCCCUAUCGAAGUCACUCCACACAGGAUGGUGAUACCAUACCGGGGACCAACCCAGAUCGCAGAGUGCAAAGUCACAUCCGAGAGCGCCAGAAAUGUCGAAGCGAUAUACUGGGAGGUUCUGCAGGGGACCGUAAUUAAUGCUGAAAACUGGAGCGCUGACACCAGUGAAGACUGGGACCCGAGGCCUGUUUGUAUCGCUACAUUUACAGGACUAGGAACAUGUCAUAAAGCUGUAAACUACACUCUCUUCAAAACACCAGACAGCGUCUCCAUCCGCCCUGUCCUUAACUGGACCUCCGCGCUGGAGGGCAGUGAGCUCCAGCUGCAGUGUGACAUCAUCAAUGUCGCUCCUGCGGGGAACCUCGCUGUGCAGUGGUAUCAAGGAAAUGACACCCUCCAACCACUUAUCAGAGGCUCAAUGCGGGUGACUGGCUGUCCGGAUGACAAAAGCACAAAGUGUGACAUCAGUGUGGUCAGAUCUCCGGUUACUGUGUCGUCCACCAUCACCAUCAUUGCGAACAGAGCGCACAACGGGGCUGAGUUCAGAUGUGAGGCUCAGUUGAACCUGGGACCCGACGGACCAAAGUCUCCUCCAAACAUGAUGUCCGAGCCUCUCAACAUCACUGUCAACUAUAAGCCUGUCAUCAAUACCAUAAAGCUUCCAAAGAAGAUCCCAGUGUUCAGAGGUUACCCUGAGGUGCUGGUGUGUGAAGCUGAUGGUCACCCAUUUCCAGAUAUCCGUUGGUUAUACAGGCCAGACAAAGUGCCCCAUGUGUCCAAAGACAAGCUCACUGUGUCUGAAGCAGGCCUCUACAACUGUACUGCCACCAAUGACGUUGAUUCCGCCUUCCACGUGGUCGAAGUGAUUUUAAAGGAGGACUACCUGCCCCUCAUAGCUGGAUUUGUGGCGGUCACCGUUGUUGCAAUCUCCAUUGUCUUCCUCUUCAUCUACUCGAUCUACUAUAAGAACACCAAGAUGCGUCGCUACAGCCUUAAAAACCCCAGACACAGCACCCACAACGGAACGCCUGUGACUGCCCACUGUCAAGCAAAUUUCAGCCCCGAAAGAGUUGUGGUGGAAUACCAUGGCUCAUUCUCUGUCAACUGCAGCUCAUCAUCCAACCAGACAGCUGCGAUGGGCUGGGAGUCUCCACAAGGUGGCACGGGUCGUAUAGAAGGGGUCUCCUUUCUUAUCUUAAAGGUCGAGUCUGUUAAAGAAUGGGACCUGUCUCCACAGUGCUACAUCAAUCUCAAUGAUAAUAGUCAGUGCGACGAAAACCUGCCAGUCACCGUUUACAAAAUGCCAGAAAGUGUGUCCAUACCACAGCCACGUCAACCGGGCCCCYUGGUGGAGGGCGAAAAGUAUACCGUGCAAUGUGAUGUUACCAAUGUUGCACCAGCCAGACACCUCUCUGUGCUUUGGCACAAAGGAAAUAAGAUAGUCUUCACUGAUAAGUUUGAUGAUAAUACUCCGUCUCCAGUCAAUAWAUCAUCUGUCCUUACUCUGAUCGCCCAUGGAGAUGAUCAUGGAGCUCAGAUCUGGUGUGAAGCAAAACUUAACAUCUGGACAGCAGGACUACGUCUUCCCACAAUGCUGUCAAAGUCCCGAGAACUGAUUGUACUGUAUCCACCAACAUUCGACAAACCUGAAAAUGAGACGCUGGAAGUUCCAGCUGCUGAUGAAGUCAUUUUAAAUUGCGACGCGUCAGGAAACCCAGCACCGGUGUACAGUUGGAAUUCCCCACCACCCGUACAACACAAUGUACAACCAAAUGAGACUCAACUCAUCUUGAACCCYUCCCUUCAGUAUCCAGGGACCUACACCUGCACGGCAUCUAACACCCAGGGCACAACAACCAAAUAUUUCACCAUCCUCCCGGCURCAAGUAGUCCCCCUGGAACGACGGCUGGGAUUUUAAUAGCUGUUUUUUCAGUUUUAAUUUUAAUUUUGGGAUGUGUGGUUUAUCAGAAUCAGAGAAGAUCUUCAUCAGCUGGGACGACCGGGGCCCUUUUGUUCGAGCACAGCUCCCUGCAGAGUUGCCAAGCUCAGUUCAAGUUUUCUUUUUCCGCUCAACCCUUUUUUAAGCGACGGCUCAGUGCAGAGAAUAACAUGGGAAGCAACUUUAUGAGAUGGAUUCUGACGCUUUGCAUGUUUUGCUCAGUGUCAGGUGAAGGCUGCUCCCUCAUCCUGAAGCCCUCCAGGGUGGUGGUGGGUUUCGGGGAGCCGGUGUCUGUCAGCUGUGAGGCCGCCCGCCCGGUGCGUGUCCUGGGCUGGGAGUCGGCCAUCAGCGCCUCACACACCCAGCAGGACCUGUCCAUCCAGUGGAAGGUAGACAGUCUCAUUGACUGGAUAGAGGAGCCCAUCUGCUAUGGGGUGUUUUUCACAGCUCCCAGACAAUGUGAGGAGAAACUCAACCUCGUCCUCUACAAAACCCCAGAUCGUGUCUCCAUCCGGCCUGUGAACCACACGGGCCCCAUGGUGGAGGGAAAAGAGUACCAGCUUCUCUGCGAGGUUCAGAAUAUUGCUCCUGUUCAGUAUCUGACCCUGAGGUGGUACAGAGGGCAGACUGAAGUUUAUAACCACUCCUUCUCUGACCUCACAUCCUCCUCGCCUGUCCAAGUGUCCUCCAUCCUCGUCAUCACGCCGACCAGAGCCGAGAACGGAGUGCAGUACAUGUGUGUGGCAGAGCUGGAGCUCGGACCAGAGGGGCCACAGCCACCUCCUGCUGUGGCCUCCGAGGCUCUCAAUGCCUCAGUGUACUUUCCUCCAACGUUGUUUAGUCCUGAACCAGAAGUGCUGGACCUCACAGUGGGCGCUGAAAUCCACUUAAACUGCACAGCCACAGGAAAUCCUGCCCCAGUGUACAGCUGGCAGUCCUCCCAUCCUAUGCAGGAGAGGAUGGAGGACGAAGCAGUUCUUACCUCUUCCUCACUGGUCCCGGGGACCUACAUCUGCACCGCCUCCAAUGCACUGGACAAGAAGAGCAAGCAGUUCAUUGUCAAGGCCAAGACUAAAGGUGUUUGAAACAAGUGAUCUUCAGACAGGAUCGCACAACCACAUUGGACAUGCAAGGGGAUUUUACUGUUGCUGCUUUUGAAACAGAUAUGACAAUGCGUUUAUAUAACUCAACAGAUAUUUAUGAAGAUCUUGCUUUCAUCCAGAAUCAGAUCUCAUAAAGAAAAAGACCAGAAUAUACUAUAUGUCCCAUUUAAUUUCUCAGUAUUUCAAUGUGAAUUUAUUCUUUGUGGUAUAUUCUUGGUUUGGACCACAGUCUACUUUUAAUGCUUUCCAUGUAUCUAAUUUAUAUUUUUGCUUCACUUAUUUUUCUUAAUAAUAACAUUAUCAUGU